UUCUUGACUUCAAUAGGCGAAGGCUUGCCGCAAUGGAAGAAGAGCACUUCGAUGUCUCCUCCUCCUUCGGCUUCUCCGAGCCGAGGUCCAAGAUAUGUGGGGUGGACAGCACCGACCUAGCUCAGGCCCGGUCCAGCUUCGGCCAGGCCCUGCGGCGGCACUUGGCGGAGCUGCAGAAGCGGCUGCUGGCCGAGCAUGAAGCGCUGUUCAGCGAUGAUCACCGCCACAGCUUGGAAAAGCUGGUCGAGAGCCUCAAAGAGGAGAACGACCGCCUGCGGAUGCAAGAAGACAGCCAUGCCAAUAUUUCCUCACCUACGGCCUCCAGCUACAAGGAGGAGCGACUCGAUCGAAACACGAGAAGGUCCACAGCCUCUCGGAGGAGUGUGGCGAAGCUCAGAUCCAGGCGCUCCUCGUUCAAGGGCAUCAAUCUGAAUGAUCCCAGGUCUUUGCGGGCCCGUGGUGCUAGCACUGUCGACGAAGAGCCAACCCUCAAAGAGGAGGAGGCGACGCCGGAGAGGGAAUCCAAGGAGACCUUGUUGCGCACCGCGCUGGCAGCCUGGAAAGAGUACACUUUUCAAGUCAUGGACGACGACGACGAAGAGGAGUCUGACCACGAGAUUGAGGCAGUUCGGGCGGCCGCCCACAAGGAGUGGCCGGAGGACUGCAACGGCUCGGAGUGGCAGGCUCUGACGCGCGACUUGACGCGCGCCAUGUCGGGGGACCUGUCGGCAAGCAAGGAUCCGGUGGCUUCGAAGCCCUUUUUCAGGAAACUGGUUUCGUCUCCAGCCUCCAAACGGAGAAUGGUGUGGGACGUGCUGGGACUGUUUUUGGUGAUCUGGGAUAUCUUCGCAAUUCCGAUGAACGCCUUUGAGUCAACGGAUGUAUUUGCUUUGUAUAUGAUGAGUUUCAUAAGCACUCUUUUCUGGACGAUUGAUUUUCCGACCAAUUUCUUCAACGGUUUCUAUCGAGCUGGAGUCAUGGUGACAAACCCUCGGGACAUUGCCUGCCAGUAUCUCAGGACCUGGUUCUCCAUUGACCUUGGUGUUUUGACGCUCGACUGGUUCUUCAUAGCCUUUGACUUGUCCUUCUCGACUAUGUCGGAUGAAGACGCGGCUGGGAACAACUACUUCAGGAUCGCUCGGAUGUCCCGGGGUCUGCGGGUGCUGCGGAUCCUACGGCUGGUGCGGCUGGCCAAGCUGUUCCCAAAGUUCCACUCGGCGUUCGUGGUAGUUCAGUCGGAUUUCAUCCGCUUGUCCAUGGGAGCGUGGUUUGCAGUUGUCAUCGUGGUGGUCAUGAACCACUAUGUGGCCUGCGCCUGGUUUGCCCUCGGGUACUGGGAUCUUGAGGCAGAUGUCUCCUGGGUGAAGGCCGCGGAUUUGGAGGGCGCCAAAGACGCUUGGAAGCUGGAGCUGACCUACCAGUACUUCACGUCUUUGCACUGGGCGCUGUGUCAGUUCACUCCUGCCACAAUGGAGGUCAUGGCUACCAACACGCUCGAGCGCAUCUUCACUGUGUGUACGAUCAUCCUCGGCCUCAUCUCCUUCUCCUCCUUCGUGUCCAACAUCACCUCCUCGAUGACCCAGCUCCGCAACCUGAAUAGCGAGAAGCACAAGUUACAGUCCUCGCUGCGGACCUUCUUCGCGCAGAAUGAGGUUCCUCCGGAAGUCAGCAAGUGCAUCUACGACUGGAUUCACAGUCACAGGAAGUCGCACCGCCUGCGGGUGCACGAGCAGGACAUCGACCUCUUAGCGGAGCUGCCUGAGCGCCUGCGCUUCAAGCUUCGGGAGGCGGUCUACCGCCCCGUGCUGUAUAGACACCCCUUCUUCAAAGAGUUCGGCGAGGUGGAUGCCAAGUGCGUUGACCGACUUUGCCAUUCAGCGUUGAGUGAGAUCAGGAUCGGUACCGAGCACACGGUCUUUAUAAAGAAGGAGGAGGCCAGCGGCAUGUACUUCGUGAUGGGCGGGGAGCUGGAUUACUGGCGCUCCGCGCUGCAGGAGCCCACGGCCAUCGGUGCAGGCGAAUGGCUCAGCGAGAUUGCGCUCUGGGUGAGCUGGAGGCACACCGGGACCUUGUCCGCCAGAUGCGCCAGUGACUUGAUGCUGCUGGAUGCUGAUAUGUUCCGCUCCAUUCUGAGUAGCUGCAACAAGGUGGCAAAGCGCAUGAGCCGCCUCUAUGCGGCAGCCUUCGUGCGGCACGAGUGUGAGGCCGAGACCAGGAACGACUGGCUUUGCGACACCUGCUGCAGCUCUGAGGCCAUCGGCCGGCUCUUGGAGAAGUGCUGGCGCAACAGCACAGGCGACACGGGCAUAGCCCCCAUGGCGAUAGUGAGUCCGGUGCCGCGUGCCGUACCGCUGACGCCGAAGGUGGGCAGCCUCUUUCUCGAGCAAUGCUCAGAGGCGACCAAUUCCUUGGGCGCUGCAAGCUGGAGCACCAACGCGGUGAAGCUGACGCUACGAGAGCCGCGCGAAGAGCCCAAGCCAAAAGAGCGGAAGGCCCUGAGUUUGUAGCCGCGACAGAGCGCAAGCAAGCGGCCUACCUGGCCAAGAGAGAGAACUCAUGGCUGAAGGGAUUGCGGCCUUCUGUGCAGGGGCCAUGCUGAUGGAGUCUGGUUGUUUAGUUUGCUGUAGUUUGGUUGUUUCUGG